ACUACUGCUAGCAGCUAAUUAGCUUAGCUUCAUCAUGGAGUAGUAUAUGCAGCUCAUGUGAAAGAAAGCAGGCCGGAGAGAGAAGUUAUUAUGGGCAGCUGACAGUAUAUAUCAUCCAGUGUGUGUGCGUGUGUAUGACUGUGUAAGUGUGUAUGUCCAUUGACUGCUAGCUAGCUGCAACGAACGCCAACCACACAGGGGUGAGUUCAGGGCUGUUGGCUAGCUAGCUAGGUAGUAAUAGAGCGAGCUGCUAGUGGAAAGUAGAAAGAGUGAGCACACCACUAUGGACAUAGCGGAGGAGGCCGUCGCCGGCACCGCAGCUCAGGGCGACCUCGCCGAGGUUGUGGCCCGUGCAGGUGCAAUGGCCAUGGCCGCCGCGCCGAGUCACCACCGGCGGCCACCCUCUCCCUCUCCUGCAGCAGCAGAUCACAGUCACGUCAUGUCGAGGGCUGCCGGCCAGAUCAUGGCCAUCCCUCCUGCUUGUUACGACGAGGAGCAGGAGCUACGGCCUGCUGCUGCUUGCGGUGACGCGGUGAUGUUCGACGUGCCGUCGUCUAUGGUCGUCGAUCCAUACCAUCAGCUGUCUUCGUCGGCGGCCACGGCGCCGCCGCACGGGCACGGCGGGUACUGGCUGCCGCCACAACAGAUCUCCCAGCAGGCCUGCUAUGGCCUCGACGUGGCCAUGGGAGGCGCUGCCGCCGCCGAUGCCGACGGCGACGAGCCCAUGAUGAUGAGGAUCUCUCCAGUCACUCCGCCGCCGCCUUCUCAUCAUCAAAUCAUGAAGAGCAGAAAAAAUGAGGUGAAGAAGGUGGUGUGUAUCCCGGCGCUACCUCCGGCGAGCAGCCGGCCAGGAGGAGGAGAGGUGAUUCCCUCUGAUCUUUGGGCGUGGAGGAAAUACGGCCAGAAGCCCAUCAAGGGCUCGCCUUACCCAAGAGGUUACUACAGAUGCAGCAGCUCAAAGGGAUGUAUGGCGAGGAAGCAAGUAGAGCGCAGCCGCAGUGACCCGAAUAUGCUAGUGAUUACCUACACGGCAGAACACAACCACCCUUGGCCAAUGCAACGAAAUGUACUUGCUGGGUACUCCCGGCCUCACACUCACAUGUCCAACUGCAAGAAGAAGAACAGCUGCAGGGUUGAACCGACGAGUUCAUGGCCAACAUCAUCAUCGUCGUCAUCAUCAUCAAAGAAUGCCAACUACUUCGAGCAUAAUGUAGUUCCCAGUAGCAACAUCGAGUGUCAACAAAUGACAAACAUGAUGGAAGAUAAUGCAGCUGGGUAUGUUGCCUAUGCCAUCGAUACUCUUGAUGAGGAGGGUGUUGCGAUGCAUCAGCCGAUCAAUCGCAAUAGCAUCCAACCUUCAGAUGAAGUUUUCGCAGAGUUGGAGGAAUUGGAGCCUAGUAAUAAUCCUGUGAAUGCAAACAUCUACUCUAGGGGGGUAAGUUAUGAGUGGCAAAAGUUCUAAUCUAUCAGGCUCAAGGUAUAAGGAAGGCUACAAUACAUAUGGCAUAAAUGCUUUGAUGAAAAAUAGGUUACAAUUAUGCA